GGACUUCCGGUCGGUGACGCAGUUGGCGAAGUGGAAGCCCCGCCGUCAAUCAAAUUAGGAAAAAAAACAAACUGGACUAAAGCGAGCGCAGGCACCGAUUAAAAUAACCAUGCUCGGAGUGUAAUUAAACGCAGAUAUCAGUCUUAUUUAAAGAACUCACGUAAUGACCGCGCCUGAAGGGCCAGUGAAAGCGGGAGUCAUGGCGGACAGCAGCAGCGCUCAGGACGGCGGCGGCGCGGAGCAGGACGGACAGCCCUCGCCGCUCGCCCUGCUCGCCGCCACUUGCACCGGCCUCGGUUCGCCCGCCCCCGGAGCAGAGAACGGGGCAAACUCCAACAAUAAUGCUGCUUCUGGAGGGAACGCAGACCUCUCAGUGCAGUUAACAGGGUCGUCUGAAAGGUGGGAGGCAGUGAAGGACGACUCGGGUGUCCUGCAUCUCCCUGGCACGGGUAUCGUCACGUCCAACGGACAGUAUGUUCUUCCUCUCCAGAGCCUCCAGGGUCUCCAGAACCAGCCCAUCUUACUCACGUCAGGGACAGACGCGUCCGGCGGCGCAGUGCCUAACAUCCAAUACCAAGUCAUCCCUCAGGUGCAGACGGCCGACGGGCAGCUGGGUUUCUCUGCCUCUGGCGUCGAGGGGGCCUCGAUGGCGCAGGACGCCACUGGGCAGAUCCACAUCCUACCGGAUGGCACCCAGACCAUCAGCGUCACGGGCACAGACGUGCUCAGCAACAGUCAGAACCUCAUGACCCAGUCUGGCCAAGUGCACCAGAUCCCACAGGUGUCUCUGGGAAGCUCUGCCUUCAGCGCUCAGGGUCAGGUGGUCACGAAUGUGCCUCUGGGUUUGCCUGGUAACAUUACCUUUGUGCCCAUAAACAGCGUGGAUCUGGACUCUCUCGGGCUCUCGGGAGCCCAGCCGAUCGCCACCGGCGUCACGGCUGACGGACAGCUGAUUAUGACCAAUCAGAGCGUGGAGAGCUCUGAGGGCUCGGCCAAAGCAGGGGAACAGCAACAGACACUCAACUCUAGUGCAGCCGCAGACAUGUUUGUGCCUACCACGUCCUCGCAGCAGCACACCAGCACGAUAGACGGCACGGGCGUGUUGACGCAGUCUGCGGCGGGAGAGCAGGGUGACGGCUCGGGCUACCUCACUCAGGUGUCUGGAGGGCAGCAGGUGAUCCAGUUACAGCAGUUGCCCUUGCAGACCGCUGACGGUCAGGUGUCUGCUCAGGCCCAGCAGUCUCUACAAAACGUCCAGCUCAUCAACCCAGGAACAUUCCUCAUCCAGGCCCAGACCGUCACUCCGUCAGGACAGAUACAGUGGCAGACCUUCCAGGUCCAAGGAGUUCAGAACCUCCAGAACCUUCAGCUCCAGACGGCUCCAGCUCAGCAGAUAACUCUGGCCCCGGUGCAGACGCUGUCUCUGGGUCAGGGCAGUACACCAGUCAGCCUGACCUCUGGACAGAUGCCUACCCUGCAGUCGGUGACGGUGAACACCGUGGGCCAGGCAGGCAUUCAGUUCCAGCAGUCUGAGGACACCGACAGCACUGGAGAUAUUCAGAUUAAGGAGGAGCCUGAUUCGGAGGAGUGGCCUCUGGACAGUAGCUCUACGCUGAAUGCCAAUGACCUCUCUCACCUUCGUGUUCGUUUAGUGGAGGAGGAGAUGGAGGGGUUGAACCAGGAGGGCAAACGUCUGCGCAGAGUCGCAUGCACCUGCCCCAACUGCAAAGAGGGAGGCGGGAGGGGAUCUAACAUGGGCAAGAAGAAACAGCACGUGUGCCAUAUAGCCGGCUGCGGGAAGGUAUACGGGAAGACGUCUCACUUGAGAGCUCACCUGCGCUGGCACUCGGGAGAGAGACCCUUUGUCUGCACCUGGAUGUUUUGUGGGAAGAGGUUCACGCGCAGUGAUGAAUUGCAGCGGCACAGGAGAACACACACCGGAGAGAAGAAGUUCGUGUGCUCCGAGUGUUCGAAACGGUUCAUGCGCAGCGAUCACCUGGCCAAGCACAUAAAGACCCAUCAGAACAAGAAGGGAGGGGGCGGAGCUGUGGUGGCCAGUGUGGGCGGAGCCGUGUCCUCAGACAGCAUCAUCACCACGGGCGGCACCACGCUCAUCCUCACCAACAUCCAGCCCAGCUCCAUGCAGGGCCUGGCCACCGUCAACGCCACCGUCAACACGUCCGGCUCACAGGACCAGCUGGGCACCGCCGAGAUCCCUCUGCAGUUAGUGUCGGUGUCCGCCGGGGACGCAGCCGAGUGACACGCCGCUGAACGCUCAGACUCUGCCUCUUCCUGUAUGACAUCACGUCCUUCGUCCCUUCAUACGUUGAUUCCAAGCCCACGCAUUUACCUUGCUUUUAUACCUUUGCAUAUUUACCCUCCUUUUCGUAAAUAUGUACAUUUACGUGAAUGCAUAUACACACACACACACACACACAUAUACAUAUAUAUAUAUAUAUAUACAUAUAUAUAUUUUUUACAAAUAUAGAAUUAUUGGGGGUUUUGUUCGUCUUUUUAUGGGGGAAGCAUUAUUUCUUGUUUUCACAUACAACACUGAAAUGCCUUAUAUUGUAUUAUAAGCUGUCGUGUACAAAGCUCGAGUUCUUCAUGGGUGUCAAGCAUCUGUUUCAGUGUGUACUUGUUGGAAUGGGAAUAAUCGUGUCGUGUAAAGAGUGCAGCGACUGAUGUUAAAGGAGCAGCUUAGCCAAAAGCGAAAACUCUCACAUUACUUAUUCCCUCCUCCAAUCACGCCAUUCCAGGCUUUCUUUCCACGCAACAACCCUUCCGUAUCUCUCGAGCUCCAGAACGGGACAGAAACUAGCCGAUCGGCCGUAUAAGUUUGCAUUUUAUGUCACAGGCUCGGGUUGGGGGCCGGAAGUUAAGCUGAAGAACGUAGCGUCUCGGGUCUGAACUAGUUCUUGUGGAGCGGGGGAGUAACUAAUGGCAGAAUUUCCAUUACUGUGUCUGAGCUGCUUCUCUUUUUAAUUAUAGGUCGUAAGUGAUAUUCGUGGUGUAAGUUCUCCGUGUAAGGAGGAAGAUUUGGAGAGAAGCCUGCCAUUGUGCUGUUGAGAGUCGUGAAGGUGUCCAAUAGUGUCUUUACAUGUCUCCGAUUGCUCCUCGCGAAAAAGCAUUUGAUUUCUUUUACGUAGUUUUAUGUUGUGUAGGUAAAACCCAGGGCCUGGCUGGGCGGGGGCGGGGGAGGGGUAUGAAACAAUCAUGUAAUUAAAAGCAUUUUAUGUAUCGUAAUUCUCAAAACCUCUGCGACUUGAUCAGAUCUUUCAAUAUGAAUUUGUCGCGAAUGAAGUCUUUUUUGAGCAAAGUGAUAUUUAUAUACAUUGUAACCUGGAUUUGUGGCGUCCACAACUGCUUUUCUAAGGAAAAAAAAAAGAAAAAAACUCCCUUCGGCUUUACUUUUUUAAAGUACUGGACUGUAAUCAACAUCAAGAAUCAUUUGUAUGAAAUGAAGCGGUUUGUAGUUUGCCAAAUUUGAUAAACGCAGAGAAAAACUCUUGAUUUCUGUCUGGUUUGCAGCAUUUAUGUGCAGACCUGCGCUGUGUGUUUCAGGACCAAACGAGCGGCUCCGAGUGUCCGGCGUCGGUCUAGCGGUGUGUGUUAGACGAGCGGAAGCGGUCACGUGACACGUAGGAGACGUUCCCGGUGGUCAGUAUGUAGGUUUUGAAGUCCCUCUCGUAGCCGUGAGCGUGACGCCUCAAGGAGUUAGCUAAUGAAGGUUUCGUAACGAGUUCUCGAGGUUUUAUUUGAACACACUGCAGGUCAUCAGGGAGGACGCACUCGUUUGCUGUCAGUCCAUGUACAAGGAUGGCUUUGUUUCCACGUGGUACUGUACAAUUAUUCUCCGCUGAUCUCUUUUUAUUCCUUCAGCUAAUCAUGAUGUCUCUUUAUCUACCGAUUUUGAGUACCGUUGCCAAUUUUUUUGUGUUUGGGGAUUUUAUACCUCCUGUAGCCAAGUUUGUAACGAUCAGGAGUUUGAUUGAAAAGGUCCAGCGGGGUUAAUGGCAGAUAAUGAAACACUAUUUUGUUUUCUGAUUUGAUAAAGGGUGUUCUGUCACAUUGAUCCAGAAUUGCUUUUUUUUUUUUUCUUCUUCUUUUUUUUUUUUUUUUUUUUUUUUUGUCUUUUCCUAGUUUGUGAAGUCUCAUUUGAUUUUGUUCACUAUAAAUAGCAUCUUAACAUGUCACUUUUAUAUUUUUAUUUGGUCAUUUUUCCAAGAAAGCUUCGGACUAUUGUACAAUGCCCACUUUUGAGGGCAGCUGUUUAUUUCACACUAAAAUGACUAAACAUAA